UGCUUCCCUUCUUUCCUUCUUGGAUGUUAUCCUACCUCCACCAAGACGCCUGGUACCUGAAGCUCCUACACCCACUAGGCACGGAUUAGGGACCUCGACAUUUCUAGAAUACUCGCAUCCACCAGGCUACCUUGACAUAACUACUGUAGCCACGACUUAGGGAUAGGAUCUGUCGUGUUCGUGAUCAAAUCGCCAUGGCGCCACCUCAUGUAGCCGCUUGGCGACGGAACUUAAGGCAGAUGUUAUCCUUCCCACGCCUUCUCGACAGCCCACUGGGUAAUGCUGCCACGUGGCAUUCUCCUGCUCGUCCACCUCUGCUAAGGCCUGGCAGUUUCACCUCAAUAACGGAUCGCUGGAUCCAUGCAGCAGCACUCAACCCGUCUUCACAGAUUCCCGCAUCGUCCACGUCAGCAUCGCAGUCCAGCUCAGCAGGCAGUAACAGCAGGGGCCAGUGGUCUUCUGCCACGUGGGCAGGCCUAGCAACAGCUUCCGCAGCAGCAGUAGCAGCGUCUCCACUGGAAUCAGAGUGGGUCGCCUGUGAAUCAGGACCGUCAGAUUUAGACCCUGCUGGAUCAGGACCGUCAUAUUCUGAUUCUAAAGCAUCAGAUUCAGCAGAAUUAGGGACUGAAUCGCCGAAGUUCAGUAGAGAGCCGUUAGUGGGGCCUGAAACCCUAGAGGAGGCGGUGCGGGCGGCGAGGAGGGGUUUGCUGGUGAGAUUCUAUCGAAUGAGACAGAAGGAGGCGCAGAAGAGGGCGGAGGAAGGGGGUGGUGGUGGCAGUGUGGGUUCAGAGACAUAUAUACUACCUACACCAGUUGUCACCUGCAAGGGCCAUCAGGUGUCGGUCCGCCUGCGUCUACCAGCCUCCUGCGACCUCUCUGCCGUCCUCACCCACCUCAUCUCGCACCUCGGCUGCCACCCUGCCGUGGCUCCGGCGCUCAACUCGUCCCUGCCUGGGAGCGCCGUGCAGAGGAGGGCUUCUUCUGUGGAUGACGUGGGCGACAUGGUGGGCGCAGGCGGCAUGGCAGUGUAUGCGUGGGACAGCCCCGUGGCCCGACAGCUCGUGCUGCUGCCGCUCCUCCCACACGCGCACCUGCCAGCUCAAGCUGACUCAUGCACAGCAGCCAAGACGAGGGAGGAGGAGGGCGGAAGGGCGGCAGGAAGUCAGGGGGAGGGCAGGUUGGAGGCGAGUGACAGGGAGGGCAGGGAGGGGGAUUCGAAAGAGCCGGUGGUGGUGGCGGGUGGGGGGGCGGUCAAGGUGCUGCUGUUCGAGCCCCUCGUUGGGCUCGGCACUCCUGAGAUUGAAUUCCUCAAACCGGGCGCGUUCACAUCCACAGAACUUGACGCCAUUGCCAGCAGUGUCCAAUCAGCAAUCGACAGCUCGACUCCCUUUCGCCCGCAGCAGCGUCCAGGGAGUGCUACUGGCAGGAGUGGGAGAUUGCACGCUGACCGGGGCAGUAGUGGCAGUAGCGGCAGUAGUAGCUUGAGUGGUGGUAACAGCAGCGAGGGCUAUGGCAGUAGGUCUAGCAGUAAUGGCGGUAGUGGGGGUUACACCAGCGGUGGUUACAGCAGCAGGAGUGGGAUUGGCAGUGGGAGCAUCAGUGGUGGUGGGGAGAGGCAGACCGGUGGGGAUGGGCAGUCUGGCAUGUCCCAGGCAAUUGCUGAGAAGCUUCAGCGCAUGGGAGUGAUGGUGUAUGCGCCUGGGAGAGAGGAGGGUGGUGGGGGGGGGGGAGAGGGGGAGGAAUGGGAGGAGGGAGAGUGGGAGGAGGGGGAGGGAGGAGAUGGGGAAGACGAGUUGGAGGAGGAAGGGGAAGGCAGAGAGGAGGAGGGAAAGGGGGGGGAGAGGAGGUGGAUGGAUUGGGGCAAUUUGGUGGGAUAUGAGGAGCAGAAGAGAGAGAUAGAGGACACUGUAUUGCUGGCUCUGCUCCGUCCAGACGUCUAUGACAGCAUUGCCAGAGCCACCCGCACGCACUUUGAGACCAACCGCCCUAGGGCUGUGCUCUUUGACGGACCUCCAGGCACAGGCAAGACGUCGUGCGCAAGGGCCAUGGCCAAACGAGCGAGCGUGCCACUUGUGUACGUGCCCCUAGAGGCCGUGGCCUCUAAGUACUACGGGGAAAGCGAGCGCCAGCUGUCGUCCGUGUUUGCGCUGGCCAAUCAGCUGCAUCCAGGUGGCGCCAUCGUGUUUCUCGAUGAGGUGGAUGCUCUAGCAACAACGAGGGACAGCGACAUGCACGAGGCCACGCGGCGGGUGCUCUCGGUUCUAUUGAGGGAGAUGGAUGGGUUCGAGCGGGACCGUGGCAUGGUGGUCAUCGCUGCAACCAAUCGGAAGGAGGAUCUGGAUCCUGCACUCAUCAGUCGCUUUGAUGCAGCCAUCACAUUCAGCCUUCCGGACGCGCACACGCGGGCGUUGAUCAUCGGGCAAUACGCCCGCCAUCUCACAGCAGAAGAGCGAGAGACCCUUGCGGAAGCAUGUGACGGCAUGUCCGGGAGAGACAUUCGUGAUGUGUGUGAGCAAACCGAGCGCCACUGGGCUUCAAAGCUGAUUAGGAGGGGGAGAAAGGAUUCAAAUGACCAGGCAAAGUUGCCUAGUAUACCCUUGUAUUUGGACUCGGCCUCUCAAAGGCUAAAAUCAAUGGUGUCAUAGUAAAGCAUUGCUAAGGCACAACACGCUGUCACCUUCCCUUGGAAAGGAGGCUUGAAAUUGGUUUCCAUUUCACACCAACCUAUGGUUAUAGUAUACGCAUGAAAGGGGACGCUCAGGGUCAUGAAGUGAGUGUAGGAUUGUAAUGCACUCCUAGCGUGGGAUUUUAUAGUUUAUCUAUUGAACACUAAAACAGGUUAGCUAAAAGGAUGGAUCAUACGG